UAAAAGCAACUGUCAAAGAGAAACAAAGAAAAUUCUUGCACACCAAAGAAAGAUUGCAACAACUGCACGAAAAUGGCGACCAUUUGGAAGACCAACGCAUCGAGAAACGCAGUGCGUUGUUUGACGCAGUCCUUGGCAUCCACUAGCCGUACCCCUUCGCUCCCCUCUCAUUUCUCCUCCGUCCGCUACCUCCGCACCGGUCGCGAUCCCAGCUCAAGGACUUAUGAGAUAAUUCCGCCGGUGAAUUGGGGGAUUCGGAUUGUGCCGGAGAAGAAGGCGUUUGUGAUUGAGCGAUUCGGGAAGUACGUCAAGACUCUUCCCUCCGGAAUCCAUUUUUUGAUUCCCUUCGUUGAUAGAAUCGCUUAUGUGCAUUCGCUCAAGGAAGAGGCUAUAAGCAUUCCCGACCAGAGUGCUAUCACCAAGGACAAUGUCACCAUCAUCAUUGACGGCGUCCUUUAUGUCAAGAUUGUGGAUCCUAAGCUGGCGUCUUAUGGGGUGGAGAAUCCCAUUUAUGCUGUGAUUCAGCUGGCACAGACAACAAUGCGUAGUGAGCUUGGUAAGAUUACUCUUGACAAGACCUUUGAGGAAAGGGACACACUCAAUGAAAAGAUUGUGGAGGCCAUUAAUAUGGCUGCAAAAAGUUGGGGUCUGGAGUGCCUUCGAUAUGAAAUAAGGGAUAUCUCUCCUCCACGUGGAGUGAGAGCAGCUAUGGAGAUGCAAGCAGAAGCAGAAAGAAAAAAGAGAGCUCAAAUUCUUGAGUCUGAAGGAGAAAGACAGGCUCACAUAAACAUUGCUGAUGGAAAGAAGAGUUCAGUGAUCUUAGCAUCAGAAGCUGCGAGGAUGGAUCAAGUUAACAGAGCUCAAGGUGAGGCUGAAGCUAUCCUUGCUAAAGCAAAAGCAACGGCUGAGGGACUGGCUGUUGUGUCAAAAUCCCUAAAAGAAAAUGGAGGACCUGAGGCAGCAAGUUUAAGGAUUGCAGAGCAAUAUAUUCAAGCUUUCAGUAACAUAGCCAAGGAGGGCACAACAAUGUUGCUUCCUAGCUCUGCAUCCAAUCCUGCUAACAUGAUGGCCCAAGCUCUUACUAUGUAUAAAAGCCUGCUUGGUAAUCCUUCCAGUGGUAAGCUUAGUGGAACUGCACCCCCUUCAAUAGCAGGGCAAUUAGAAGGAAAUGAUUCAUCCAGUGAGGUUAAAGGCGAGAGCUCGACGAAUGCUACUGUAACUAGUGGAAUCCCGGAUUAUCGUGGAAAACCUGGAUUUUCACUUCAGAGCCCACCAAAACGGGAAUAGUCUUUCAUUUUAUAAAACUUGCCUUUUUGAUGAAUUCAGUUUUUUGAUUUAUGGAUGUUGCUGUGGAAAUUGAGUUCGGACUUUAGAGAGAAGAAGGCGGAAGAGUCUGGUUGGAAUUGCAUUGCUGGUUGUUGUGGCAUUUACCACGGGAUACACGUAGUUUACUUUUUAUUUUUAUUUUUUUAUCUCUUCCUAACUGACAAAUUUGGGGAGGAAAUAAUGAAAAGAAAAGAAAAGAGUUAUUCUGUCCUCUCAUGUCUGUCCAUACUAGUGUUUUCUUUCUUUAAUGCUUGCCUGCAUACUCGCUCUAUGGCAUCGCUUGAAUUUAGAUGAAAAUUUUAAGGAUCUUGUUAACUAGAAAGUCUUUGAUAACAUUACGAAUGUAUUUGAAAUCAUGGUGUACGUGUAAUUUCUUAAAUUAUUUGA